GCGCAUACAACGGCAACGUCUACAAUUUUUUUUCGAGUGUGUUUCGACAUUCAUAAUUUUUUGUGGUGGAGCGAACUCUGCCUGCAAUAAAUAGAAAAAUUAACCAAAUCUACCGAAAGGGCCGUAUAAAUCGAAUAAGAUUAUCGUUGGCAAGAACCCUAUCUCGAGAACCCUAACACACACAGAGCACCAAACAUCUUUAAAGUAGAAGGAGUAUCAUAGACGCGGCGCAUUGCAGAAGGAAGCCACCUAGAAGAAGCUGGAAAAAGUUGAAGGAAAGCAGAAGAGAAAAUGUCGAGUCUGCCACGUCGUAUAAUCAAGGAGACACAGCGCCUGAUGCAGGAGCCGGUGCCUGGGAUUAAUGCCAUUCCGGAUGAGAAUAAUGCUCGUUAUUUCCAUGUGAUCGUCACCGGACCCAAUGACUCUCCCUUCGAGGGUGGCGUCUUUAAGCUGGAACUCUUUCUGCCCGAGGACUAUCCGAUGUCGGCCCCAAAGGUGCGCUUUAUAACGAAAAUCUAUCAUCCCAAUAUCGAUCGCUUGGGUCGUAUCUGUUUGGAUGUGCUCAAGGACAAGUGGAGUCCAGCGCUGCAGAUUCGCACGAUUCUGCUGUCAAUUCAGGCUCUGCUCAGUGCACCCAAUCCCGAUGAUCCCCUGGCCAAUGAUGUGGCCGAGCUCUGGAAGGUCAAUGAGGCGGAGGCCAUACGCAAUGCCCGUGAGUGGACCCAGAAGUAUGCUGUCGAAGACUGAAUCCAUGUCAUCGCCGGCGCCUUAUCAUAGCCUUGAACGAAGCACGACGAAAUGAAACAAAAAACACGAAAUGAUAAUGGAUGGAUGGAUGAUCUUUGCGAUGGGUGCGUGACGGGGACAGCGACUGGAGUUGUAGGGCGGGUGGGGUAAAAACAAUGCAUAAGCAUAUAUUAAAACUCUAAAGAAAACAAAAAAACACGAAAGAAAACAUAAAAAAUAAGAGAUGAAAAUGUUAUAAAUAAUUUUUUUUUUUUGUGUCUCGGGCGGGAUAACCAAUUUUUGUUUCCUCCUCUAAACUUAAGCGAUCGAGAUCCGGGGAUGAUCAGUACGAAUGAUGGAAGAAUAUCGAAGAGAACUCAGUAAGAUAUGGAAGGAACAGAGAGAGAGAGAGAGAAAGAGUGGGAACCAUUCGUUAUAAAAUUAUAUACCA